AUGAAAAUCAACGGCCACUACGAGGUCUCGAUUGUCGUCAAUGGGCAACCUUUACAAGAACAUGAUCCUCCGGAAGACGAUGAUAAAGGCUCUGAUCGUGCUGCCGGUAUAAAGCAUAUCGAAGCUCAAGAGGGCAUGCCAUUUUCCGUGAGAGUAGGAUGUCUGCCCGGUGCAGGGUGGCCCAAACAACACAAAUCAUGCGAUAUUUAUGUCGACGGCAAGUCCACGCUAUGCAAAAUUUUGACACCAACACCAACGCAACGACUACUUCAGAACUUUUUCAAGGUAGAGUUCGCAGGUGUGACCUACAAAGAGGAUGACAAAUACUUUAGGAGGCCUUUCGUGUUUACGAAACUCGAAACCACUGACGAGAGUUGCGAAGGAAAAGACCUGAAGAAGAAAUUCGACGCAAAGACAGAGACCAUUCCAGAAAAGGCCUUGAAAGGACAGCAGAUCGAUAUGACAGCUGGUCUCAGAGCAGUACAACCAGCGCCGCAGGGAGAUAAAAUGUCUGUUGGUCAGCGAAUCAAUCCUCCACUUGCGACACAUGUCUUCAAGUACCGAUCACGAGCUGCCUUGCAGUGGAUGGACCUUAUUCCUACUUCGCCCGCACCAGAGGCUCUUCAUGAGCGAGAUGUUGACACUCUGACGCUCGAGGAAGCACGACGGUUGCUGGCCCAGUACAGAGAAGGGGAGAAAGCUAGUGCUGGGGUCAAAAACGAGGGAGCACAAGUGAAAAGAGAGAAAAGCCCUACACCCACCACUAAACGAGAACGAGACAUCGACCUGGACGACGAUGAGUGUCAGGUUGUGGAGGUGAAGAGAUGUAGGACUACCAAUCAAACACAUGGUAAAGAUGGCAUUGAGGUUCACGACCUUACCUAG